AUGCUUACUCGUCUGUCCGCAAUGCAUGCUCUCAAGGACAAGGUCUCACAGAAGCUCUCGAAUCUCUUCGCCGAUUCCCCUAGCCAAUCUGCUUCUCCUCGCUAUUCCCUCUCCGAUUCUCCAAAGGCCAGGCUAGUUUCAAGCUCAGGGAAAUCGUUUUCUUCGUAUUUCUCUUUUGGUGUUCUUCAAUCUGGAAACGAGAAUCAGGAUUCUGAAUCAUGCCCUCCUCCUCUUCCCAUUAGAACUGAUAGCUACGAGUCUGUUGAGAAUUACAAACAUGGAAACGGGAAAAAUCAAGCUGCGUCGGCAAUGGCAAUGACAAUGAUCUCGAAUGGCAAAGAAUCAAAUAAGGACGGUUCUGCGAAAGCAGAAACCGGUAACGAGCACUUUGAAGGGACGAAGCAGAUGGAGGAAUUAACUGAAAGCUCUGCUUUUAUCUCAGCUAACUUGUGUGAGUUCUUGUACGCGUGUCUUCCAAACAUCGUGAGAGGAUGCAAAUGGAUCUUGUUAUAUAGUACGUUGAAACAUGGCAUAUCACUUCGUACGCUUAUCCGCAGAAGCGCAGAGCUUCCCGGUCCUUGUUUACUGGUUGCUGGAGACAAGCAGGGUGCGGUUUUUGGCGCUCUGCUCGAAUGUCCAUUGAGACCUACUCCUAAGAGGAAAUAUCAGGGUACAAGCCAGACAUUCAUGUUCACAACUAUUUAUGGUCAACCACGCAUAUUUAGACCUACCGGUGCUAACCGAUAUUACUGGAUGUGUAUGAAUGAGUUUUUGGCGUUUGGAGGCGGAGGAAACUUUGCUCUAUGUUUGGACGAAGAUUUGUUGAAGGCAACAAGUGGACCUUCAGAGACAUUUGGGAACGAAUGCUUAGCGAGCAGCACGGAGUUUGAGUUAAAGAAUGUUGAGCUCUGGGGAUUUGCACAUGCGUCUCAAUACUUCUCCUCCUGA